AUGGGAGCAGGUGCAUCAGCUGCUGACGGCCGCGUUUUCUGCCAUGGCUGCGGGUCUCGGACGGCCAUGGUCGAAGGGGUGGAGCGCCCACGUUGCACGGUCUGCGGCGCAACGGAGUGUGUGGAGAUCACGGACGCUAGGCUUCCAGUCACAUCACCCACGUCUGCGAUGCGGGCUUUGUCACUUGGCGCCUCCAUGCCUUCCAGCUCCACGGCACCGGCCACGUCCCUUCGAGUAGAGUCGGUGACCGUCGUUGCGCUGGAGCGUCCAGAGGACGGCGGCCUCUUGCUCCGUGUCCUGCCAAAUGUCGUUGCGCGGCAGCGCUCCGGGGAGAGAGGGGAGACGGAGCCAGGGAGUCUUUCUGCCUCGCUGAGCUUCGGGGUGGAGGAUGUGGACCAGGAUUGGGAGCUUCCGGCCGAGCCCGCAUGCGAUGCCUUCGUCUCCAGGCUGAAGGCAUCACCUCACCAAACCAUUUGUGGAGGGCACUGCGUCAUCUGUGCAGAAGACAUUGUGGAGUAUGGGACUCCCGUUGUGACGCUGAACUGCCAGCACGUUUUCCACGAGGACUGCAUCCGACGCUGGCUCACCCGACGGCACACUUGCCCCACAUGCAGGUUAGAGCUUGAAGUGGACGAUGUUAGGUAUUUGCGCAGCAUUGGCCUUAAAGAAGAGGCUGAUGCUUUGGAGAAGGUGAAGCAAGAGCGCAUGGCCCAAGAGCAGCAGCAGCAGGCUGCAGAGCGGCGCAGAUGGGUGGAGUCUAUGCGCAGAGGUGAGCCUGUUCACUUUGGAUUGGUUUGUGGCUCCUGCGCUGUUUCGCCGGUGGUGGGCGACUGUUUCCGCUGCAAGGAUUGUGAAGACUUUGUCUUGUGUGGCGAGUGCCACAAGAACUGUGAGGAGUGGCAUUCGCCCACUCACACUUUCGCACCGUUUGGUGUCAUGCCAAGUCAAGGCACCUCCUUGAACCCCUCGGCAACUUCAAACACUGGAAACUUGCUGACAGUCCUGGUGCCCCCGACGGCUGCGCGGCCGCCGGUGGAAGCUCCAGAGACCCAGACAGAUUCUUCGGCAGCUGCCGCGGAGGUGGCCUUUGCGGCUGUCCGAUCUCUGGCGCUGGCCCCGCUUGCAGGCCGAACAUUCAAUCCGACUUCGCCAGUCUCAGGCUUCACGAACAGAGGAACCAGCACCAGCCUGCAAUCAGGCAGAACCCGGCGAGGAGCGGCUCAGGGUCUCUAG